GUAAGAGGCAUGAAGAACGUCCCGUGGCGAAAGAUGCCCCACACAUGUGCGAGGCUGGUGAUGCUGUCUUUAGACGCCGAAUAUACUUCGCCCGGGGCGCAUAGAUUACUCGGCUCGGACUACGUUGCCAGCUCACUCUCCCUGCAAUCGCCCCCAUUGGACAGUCGUGCGUAACCAACUCAAGUCAUCUUCAUGCACCAUGCAUCCCGUCUUAUAUAGCCCCUAAUGCGCGUAUUCGCUGGCUAUCUACAUGUUCCCCCGUCAGAGUGCCACGCGCGCAAUUACAUAGCCUCACUCGUGACGAUUGCUACCAGGCAUUGUGCAAGCCAGACAUAACUACCCCAGGAUAUCGGCGCUCGGGGUCUCCACAUUCAGUCACAGGGGCCGUCUCAAUUGCCAUAAUGGCAAAGAAGAACAAGAAGAAGAGCACGCAAAAGCAGGUUGACGUCACAUCCACACCAGCAAGCCCUCAGCCGACGCCAACACCAGCUGUCGAGGAUCCCGUCGAGCUUGAAAAGCUGACGCCUGAGGCACCUAUCGUCGAGUCGACUCCAGAAGAGCCGACAGAAACAGCGACAGAAACAGUGACAGAAGAACCAGAGGCGAAGAUCGAUGAUGCGGUAGAAGCACCCACAUCUGAGCCAUCUACUCAGGAAACAACAGCUCCUGAGGUUCCGUCGUUAUCCGAAGAGCAAAUUGAGGCUGAAGCGACUGCACCGGACGCCGAGGCUGUUCCUGAGCCAACCGCGGAGCCUAUCGCAGAAAUCGAGGCACCCAGUACGGAUGAAGCUGUCAAAGACCUAACUGCUGGGGAAGGGCCGGAAGAGGCGAUAGCAGAAGCUGCGACAGAACCCGUGGAGCAAGUCGAGAAGCUAGAUUCCACAGCACCAGAAGCAACUUCUGAGCCAAUAGCCAAGGAUGAAACCGAGGCUAUUAGUGAAGAGCUUGCAGCUCCAGCUCUGGAGACACCAGCAGAGGCAGAGCAGCAGGAUACUGAAGCGCCCGAAAUCACACAUGAAGAUGGGCUCAACAGCGAGGUUGAGCCUGUUGUAGCACCAGCUGAGCCGCUUCCUGUUGUCGAAAAGCCCUCAGAAGAGCCUGCGGAACCAGCGCCCGUUGAGAUUGCCCCCACAGCAGGCGAUGCGCCUGCGCCUGAGCCUCAGGAUGCUACAGAGGACGACUGGGCUCCUAUAGCAAAGAAGGGCAAAAAGAACAAGAAGAACAACAAGAAGAAGCAAGACUCUGUUAUAGAGCCGAUUCUGAUUCCAGAACCAGCCGAGGUUCAGCCUACUGAACAGGAGCCUGUUGUAGAGCAGAAAGACGAACUUCCUGUACAAGAAGCUGAUCAGCCUCCGAUCGCAGAUGACACAGCAACACGCGAACCAGCGAUAGAGCCAGAAUCGAUCGCCCAAGAGCCAGCAGUUGAGCCAGCGCUUGAGCCAGCACUUGAGCCAGCGGUUGAGCCAGCGGUUGUCGAGACUGCACGAGCGCUUACGCCUGCGCCUCGUCCCGAACCAGAGCCAGAGCCGCCUGCAGCUCCCGUAGCUGCUGCAGACCCCGGUCCCUCUGACGCCGAGCGUGACACCUGUCAACCAACCCCUGCUGUAUCAGAGCAGCCUCCACAAUCGCCUCACUCCGCGGCCACAGUAGCGACAAAGUCCAGAUCUCCCGAGGCCCCACGAUCGCGUGCAGCCCCAGCCCCUCCAAAAGCUGUUCGUCAUGUCGUUGACGAAAGGCCGCCAGCCCCCAGUCCACCUGUGGAGAGAGCGCGCACGCGACAUGUCCCUAGUUACGAUGACGAUUCCGAUUCCGAUGCCGCCCUUGUCCAUCGUCGACGUUUGGAUCGAAGCGGUGAGGCGUUAGUCUCCUCACGUGACAGCAGUGGGUCUCGAUACCCACAGCAUGCAGCGCCAGCGCAUCAUCCCCGUACUAGUGGCUUCGCCUCGCGCGUGCCAGUUGAGCACUACUCAAAUCCUCCACCGCCUCCACCAGGGUAUCAUCCAAGGUAUGGGUACGCGCCAGGUGCCCCGCCAUACUAUCCAAAUCAAAAUGGGUAUGGCAUGAGUCAGCCGGGAUAUUCAAACCCUAAUCCCUACGGCUCCUCCUCUCACAACUCUUCUUCUCCAUAUCAAGAGACUUGGAACCAGUACCCACCAGGGUAUCCUCCUAAUGGAACUCCACACCAACACCAUGACACCUCUGCCUCUAGAGACUAUGGCGUUGGCGUGCCUGCUAUAGAGAACGGCUCUCCAUUUGACGGUGAAGCCGCUGACAUCUUCUCCCGUAUAUCCCAAGCUAUCCCUGACCUGCACGCUUCGCUUGCAAGACAGAAGGAAGUACAUGGUCAGCUCUCACACAAGCUAAGAGCUAAGGACGAAGAGAUAUACGACCUGAAAGAAAGGAUCAUCAACAUUGAGAACAAGCAUUCACUUGAAGCCAAGGAGCAGAUCAAAGAGCUUCGAGAACAGAUUGCGGAGACUCACAAACACAAGAGGGAGGCAGAAGAUACCAAGCUUGCGUGGGACGCAUCAACCAAAAAUUGGGAGACCAAGGUAAAAGAGUUGGAAGCCAUGUAUGCCUCUGAGAGGGCCCAGGCGAGGAGGGAGUUUGAUGAGUGGAAGGCAGCAGCUUCUACAAGGCAUGAUGCCGAGAAGAUCGCGCUCGCCAUUCAGUUUGACAAAAAGCUCAAAGAGGCCGAUCUGCUUGCUGAAACUAGACGACAGGAAGAGGUGGAUGCUCUUGCUGCUGAGAAAGAGGAGUUAGCGGCUGAGUAUGAGCGACAGCAGCAAGAACGUGAAGCCAGCUUCAACGAUGAGCGCGAUGAGCUUGAGACAAAGCUCAGCGAUGCUCAGAGAGAUCACGAAGAAGCCCGCGAGAACUGGUUGGCGGAGCGUGAUGACCUAAUUAGAAGCCACCAGGCGCAAAGUGACAGCCUUCAGAGUGGGUGGAGCGAAGAGCGUGAGGCCCUGGACUCCAACUACCAACAGGCAAAGGAAGAGUCUGACAGGGCCUGGGCUGAGCUGCACAGUGAAGCGAACCGAAGAGCUGACGAGUUGGCCCGUGAAAGGGACGACUUGCUCAGUAAGUACGAACAGCUGAAGGCAGAGAGCCAGAAAGAGAAGGAGAUCAUCAAGAGCGUCGCCACCAACCUUGAGUCCGAGAAGGCUAGGCUGGAGAAGAUGAUGGAAUGCUAUGGAGACAUCGCAGAAAUCAAAAGCAAGGGCGAUACAUACUAGUAAGUACAUUCGGAUUGUUCAUUUUUGAUUUGGAGGACUUCAUGGUGCUGAGGAGGGCCAAAUGUCUUGGGUCAUUUGCGCCUGCCCACCAGCAAGCGCACAUGGCACCCAAGGCAGGCAGCCUGGACUGUAUCUCGACCGUAGAGCUAGACAGUUAUCCUCGUGUUUCCCAAUGCAAUUGUUUUUGUCGCA